AUGAGUGAAGUGAAAAGAACCCCAAAAGCCUUCAAGUCAUUGGCCACUGCUCCAUCUUCUUCGGAUGAACCAUCUUCAUCAAUAAAUACACCAAAGAAAACACCAUCUUCAUCAACCAAAUCCACACCAGCAAAACAAACAACAAUACUAGCAAAAUCUACACCAGCAAAACAAACCCCAAAAAAGAAGGAACAAUCCGAUAAUGUAGUAGAAAAAACCACUCCAUCAACUAACACCACCACACCAAAGGAGAAACGUAAACAAACAGAACAAAAACAAUCGGCAACAAAGAGAAAGUUUUCCGAAACUGAUCUCGAAAAAGAAUCAACAACAAUAGAACAACAAGAAUCAACAAAAACCACCACUGUUGAUGAUAUCAAUACUGUUGGUGAUAACAAGGCUGACUCAUCUGUUAUUGAUACAUCAAUUUCAUUUGCUUCUCUUGGACUUUCACAGGUUUUAUGUGAUACAUUGAAGGAAAUUGGAUAUAAACACCCAACCAAAAUUCAAAGAGAAGUUAUUCCAGUUGCCAUCAAGGAAGCAUUCCAUGACGAUGAAACUGGAUUUACUAAAUAUAAUGAUAUUAUUGGUAUUUCUGAAACAGGUUCUGGUAAGACUGCUUCCUAUGUUUUACCAGUUCUGGAAAGACUUUUACAAUUGAAAGGUGAUCCAUCACCAUGUAGUGCUCUUAUUUUAGCACCAACAAGAGAAUUGGCUGUACAAAUUCAAGGACACGUAAAUGCAUUAGGUAGUAAGAUUGGUAUCACUUCAACAACCUUAACAGGUGGUACAAGCAUUGCCAAUGAUUCUUUGCGUUUCAAGAAGAAUAGAUAUCACGUAGUUGUUGGUACUCCUGGAAGAGUUUGUGACUUGUUAGAAUUCGGAAAGAGUAAUUUCAAUUUGAAUCAUACUAGAUUUUUAGUUUUGGAUGAAGCUGACAAAAUGUUGGGAUCUGAAUUUGACAAGUGGCUCACUACCAUUUCUGAAAAAUUGAGAAGAAAACAAUGUACAGUCUACUUGUUCAGUGCAACCAUGACUACCAAGAUUGACAAACUCUUAAAAUUGCAUCAAAUGACUAAUCCUGUAAAAAUUCAAGUCACAAGCUCAAAAUACCACACUGUCGAUACACUCACUCAACAAUACCUACUCUUACCUGAAAAGUAUAAGGAACAAUAUUUAGUAUAUUUACUCAAUGAAAAUCCUGGAAAGAGAAUAUUAGUUUUUGCUGGACAAAACUCAACAUGUAUCUUAUUGAGUAUUUUAUUGAGAUCUCUCAAAUUCCCUACAGUUCCACUUUCUGGACAUAUGGACGAAACUCACAGACAACAUUGUCUUAGAAAAUUCGUAUCUGGUGAUAGACCAAUUCUUGUUGCUACUGAUAUUGCUGCUAGAGGUUUGGAUAUUCCUCUCGUAGAUAUUGUUAUUAAUUUUGAUAUUCCAGUUCACUCUAAGGAAUACGUUCACCGUGUAGGUAGAACUGCUAGAAUUGGUAAUCAAGGUCUUGCUGUCACUUUUGUUACUCAAUACGAUUUACAAUAUUUCCAAAAGAUUGAAGCUCUCAUUGAAAAGAAGAUGGAUGUCUGUAAUGUUAAUAAGGAAAAUGCAAUGCUCUUAACAAAUACUGUUUCACAAGCAUUGAAAUUGGCCAAGAAGAAGAUGUCUGACAUGGAAAAGGGUGAUAUGGCUGUCAAAUCUGAUGAAUUUACCGAAGAAGAAGAAGUUUUGAACAAUGCCAUUAGAUCUCUUUCAGCUAAGAGAGCUGGUGCCAAGUCAAGUGGUAAAGGAUCAUCCAUGGCUAGUAGUGGACCAGGUAAUCAAAAGAAGAAGAGAAAGCAACAAAAAUAAAUUAAUUUGUACAACUGGCUUGUUAAUGCAAAA